ACUCCUUCCAUCUGAUGCCGGCUGGAUGCAGACUGGAGGAUUUCCAGUAGCUUCCUGACUCUGCGCUCCCUCUCCUUUCUUUAUCCCUUCCUCCUCCUAUUCCUCCUCUAAUAUCUGGAGCUUCUCCUCUUUUUUGUCCCAUUGCUCACCUCCAGGAUGUGGCACUCAGUGGCUUUUUUCCUCUCUGGAUUUUCUGCUUUGAUUCACGUGUCCCUGCAGGGGCCACACCAGAGGAACCUGCUGAAGAAUCUCCUGAAGGACUACAACCGGAUGGAGCGACCAGUGGGCAACGACUCCCACCCUCUUACCGUUGUCUUUACCCUGAGUUUAAUACAGAUUAUGGAUGUGGAUGAGAAGAACCAGGUGUUAACCUCUAAUAUGUGGUUACAGAUGAGUUGGUUCGACCACUAUCUCCAGUGGAACCAAAGUGAACAUCCUGGAGUGAAAAACCUACGCUUCACCACAGAUCAGAUCUGGACACCAGACAUCUUACUCUACAACAGUGCAGAUGAUGACUUUGACUCUACCUUUAAGACAAAUAUUCUGGUGAACUCCAGUGGCUAUGCCAAAUAUCUUCCUCCAGGAAUCUUCAUGAGUACAUGCAAUGUGGAUGUUCGCUGGUUUCCAUUUGACAUUCAGAGGUGUGAGUUGAAAUUUGGCUCUUGGACGUAUGAUGGCUGGCUCCUGGACCUUCAGAUGAAUGAUGCUGACAUCUCAGGCUACAUGCCCAAUGGAGAGUGGGAUCUAAUCGGUGUUCCCGGCACCAGAAAUGAGGUCUUUUAUGACUGCUGUAAGGAACCCUACCCGGAUGUGACAUUUGUUAUAACAAUACGGCGGCGAACGCUGUACUACGCUCUGAACCUGCUCAUCCCAUGCGUGCUGCUGUCUUCUAUGACCUUGCUAAUCUUUGUUCUGCCAGCUGAUUCUGGAGAAAAGAUUUCAUUGGGUAUUACUGUGCUGCUGUCUCUCACUGUUUUCAUGCUGCUGGUUGCAGAGAUCAUGCCCGCCACCUCUGACUCUGUCCCGCUUAUAGGUCAAUACUUUGCCAGUAUAAUGAUCAUCGUUGGGAUGUCAGUCAUUGCUACGGUGGUGGUUCUGCAAUACCAUCACCAUGAUCCAAAUGGAGGAAACAUGCCAAAAUGGGUGCAGCUUGUUUUAUUGCAGUGGGUAGCAUGGUUCUUGCGGAUGAAGCGGCCAGGCGAGAAUGACGACCCAGAACGCCCUCCCUGUGCCCCACACUUGCGGCGCUGCUCCUCAGGCUCACAGAGUGGGAGCAUCCCCAACCCUCCAGACCCCAGUCUUCACCCUCUGCACCCACAGAACCUGGCUCCUCUCCAGACGGGGCCCCUUCAUGCAGGCCAUCCUCACCUACACACUCAGUCCAGCGCAAACAAUAAUGGAAAUCUUCUUUACAUGGGCUUCCAGAGCAUUGAGGACUCUUCAGUGCUUUCAGAGCCUGUCCAGAGGAAUAAUAUAUCCACAGGUCUUCCACGACUGGCGGGUAGCCCACCUCCGCACCUGCCAUCUCAGUUCUGCAGCUCCCCACCACCUCCUACUCCUAAUAUGGAUACUGUAGGAUGUCCCAGCACUGUCUCUAGUGGUGGAGGCUUUGGUGGUGGACCAGGAGGGCUUGGAGGGUGCUCAACAGCAGGGAUAGGAGACCCCCAGCUGCAGGCUAUUUUGGAGGAGGUGCGUUACAUGGCAGAUCGUUUCCGAGAGCAGGAUGAGACCGAAAGCUUGGCUGACCAGUGGAAAUUUGCAGGCGCAGUGAUUGACCGUUUAUGCUUGGUGGCAUUUAGCGUUUUCAACAUCAUUUGCACCAUCUCGAUCCUCAUGUCUGCUCCCAACUUUGUGGAAGCUAUUUCAAAGGACUUUGUCUGAAAGCAAAAAAGGGAAAAGAGGAGGAGAAGCGUGAAGGGACGGUUGAAGGGAAUUAAAUAUAGAAUAAAGAAUGGAGUGGGCCCCGAUCCAAGGAAACACAAUUUCCAGCAAACUCCAGACCCUGUGAUUUGUGAUUGCAAA